ACGGUGCAGAUUUGUCAAAUAGCCCGUGCAUGGCAUGGUUGACAGGGUAGCUAACGAUUCAGGCAGGGAACCAGGUUGGACAAUUUUAUCAGCCUUCAGCAGAAGUUAAACUGUCUGAGUUAGUAGCAACUCCAUCUCCUCCGCUCGUUUCAGCAGCUGUCCUCACUCUGCCACCGCGGAUUCCCACGUUUGUCAUUGCUCGGCUAGCUAACUAACGCCAGUUAACGCAGCUCUUUGAAAAUGGCGGAUGUACCGACAGAGAAGAGCCUGGACGAUUUCUUUGCCAAGCGGGAUAAAAAGAAGAAGAAAGAGAAGGGGAAGGGGAAGGAGUCCACCGCUGGGCCCACGUCGGCUGUGGUGAAAAAGACCAAGAGGGAGAAGGAAAAAUCGACGAAAAACGAGAAUCAGGACGCGCAGGUUGAUAAGGAGGACGAGGAAUGGAAAGAGUUUGAGCUGAAAGAAGUGGAUUACAGCGGGCUUCGGCUUCAAGCUUUACAGAUAAGUGACGAGAAAGAGGAAGAGGAGUAUGAGAAGGAGGAGGUUGGGGAGGAUGGAGAGAUCAUUUUGGUCAGUGGAGACAAAGUGUCUGGUCCCUGGAACAAGUCUGGUGCUGCACCUCCUCCUCCUGCACCUGUUGAGGAUGUAGAGGUGCCUGAGGCGAAGCCCGCUGGUGUUUAUCGCCCACCAGGGGCUCGACUGUCCACCACCAGACGAGGCCCUACCCAGGGCCCUCCUGAGAUCUUCAGUGACGCACAGUUCCCGUCUCUGCUGGCCACCGCCAAGCAUGUUGAGACACGCAAGGACAGAGAAAUGGAGAAGACCUUUGAGGUUGUGAAACACAGGAACCGUGGCAGAGAGGAGACUGGCGGCGCUUCUAUGCAGCACUUGCAGCUUGACAACCAGUACGCCAUCCUGGGGGAUAAGUAGAGCCGCUUCCCUCCGUCCUCUGGCCCCUCCAGCAUGGUCCUGCCCAGCCCCUUGAAGGAAGCUGAACUCCAGCUGUGUGGACUGCAGUCCUGACAGAGCUCAUGCUGCCACCAUCACCACACUGGUUACUCACACAAACACACAGCCCCAUAAAUACACAAACCGAUACACAGUAAUACCACUGCAGCACAUACAGCGACACUCCCUUUAAAUAGAUCAGACUUUACAUACAUUUGGAUGGCAAAACUGCAUCAAGGACUGCAUCUGAAGGGGCUGAUGAAAGAGGGAAUGAUUGAAAUGGAAUUAGCAAAAUACACCCAAACGUACAACACUGCAGCAGCAACAAAAGGCAACGUAGUUGUCCUUUGUGGAUUAUACUCAGAGCAGCAGUUGUGUGGUGCAACUUCUCUCUGGACUUCAACUUGCUUUGAUAAAGCCACAGAGGAUCGAAGAUGACUUUAGGCAAGAUGAUUUUACAAACUUCUGUGAAAAUAUCUAUUUUUUUGCAAGAUGGUUCUAACCCAAUCGCACAUGGUUAUUUUGAGGUGUGUUUUUGAGUUGCGGUUGGGGCUUCGGGAGUGGGGAUACUACCUCAGCAGCAUAGCUGGUGGUGACCAUAUGGACUGAGCAUUUUUUUGCUGUGGUGGUGAAGGGGGCAAACACCAACCCCCCCCUCAUACAAGCUGACCAUCAGGCUCUUUGAUUUAGAAACUUGAAGCUUUGUUUUUUCCAUUCAUGAUGAUGAUGAUGAUGAUGAUGAUGACACUUUGCAAAGAUCUAUGGACAAGAAGAGCUAGGUUGUGGUCCUCAUUUAGAAUUUCUAUAUAAAGUGGCCUUACUGAUAGAAAGAUACUGCAUUGUCAUCCGAAGUGAACUUUGCUUGUUGUCUUGCGGGCUGUUGCCUGCCUCUGGAUCUCACCACUUUGUGAAAAAACAACACAUGCAAAAGGAAAAAAAAAUUCUUCUGUUCAAGAAUGUAGUGCUGUUGUAGUUUGCCUGAUGAUUACAACUACUAACUGUCUUUCAUAUCCACUGUUUGAUUUGCUGCCCUUAGUUUUCUCUUUAAACAUCAGAAAAAGAGUAAUUACAGCUUGGUUCUAACCUAUAACCCUUCUUUUGGUAACAAAUGCUUUACUGCAGUUUGACACCGAGUUGUCUCAAACAUCACAGUGUCAAGAAAAUGUUGGGGAACCACUUUAAAUGCAGAUUUGUUGAGGUUGUUUGCCCAUGCUGAGUUCACAACUUUUAGAGUUUGUUGUAAAGUGGUAUAUUUCCAUCUCCAGUUUUAAUACUUUUCUUUUGUUUUUUUUUUGUUUUGUUUUUUUAUCAAGGCCUUUCCUCAUAGGUAAUCCCACUGUCUCCGUGUCAUGCAGACUACCCCCAAACCAACAGAACAAUCCACUGACAAAACAGUGGUACACCUAGUUAAUAUCUAAUGGGUUUUUACUACAGACAUAGUUUUGAAAGGUGAAGAAAAACUGGAUUUAUGUUCUAUGUAUGUUCCAUAAAAUAUGUCAGGAGGCAUUGAUCCCUGUUGGGGCACUUCGGGUGAAAUUAGAUAAUAUUUGUGAUGAGAUGAAAAGAGCUUAACCCCAGAAAUAAAGUGGUCCUUGUGAAUUUA